CCCUGAGUGUGAUUUUGGGGCUGGACAGUGCAGUUUGGGGGCUGGAUCAGGUGCCCAGGAGGAUCUUCCCCAUCUCGCUGAUCUACGAGCCCAUCCCCAAGGAAGAGGCGGCGGCGGCGGCGAGCAAACCGGAGCGCCUGGACCCCCGGCCCUACCUGCGGGUGCUGCAGGCCAUCGACCACAAAUACCCCCCGGAGGAACGCGGCGACCUCCUGGUUUUCCUCAGCGGGGUGGCCGAGAUCGGCGCCGUGCAGGAGGCAGCGCAGGUCUACGCCGCGCACACGCAGCGCUGGAUUGUGCUGCCCCUGCACAGCACCCUCUCCGUCAGCGAGCAGGAUAAGGUGUUCGACGUGCCCCCUCCCGGCGUCCGAAAGUGCAUCCUCGCCACCAACAUCGCCGAGACCUCGGUGACCAUCGACGGCGUGCGCUUCGUGCUGGAUUCGGGGAAGGUGAAGGAGAUGAGCUACGACCCCCAGGGCAAACUCCAGCGCCUGCAGGAGUUCUGGAUCAGCCGGGCGAGCGCCGAGCAGCGGAAGGGACGCGCUGGCAGGACGGGGCCCGGUGUCUGCUACCGGCUCUACGCCGAAUCCGACUACGACGCCUUUCCCCCCUACCCCGUGCCGGAGAUCCAGCGGGUCGCGCUCGAUGCUCUGGUCCUGCAGCUAAAAAGCAUGGGGCUGGGAGACCCCCGGACCUUCCCCUUCCUGGAGCCCCCUCCCUCGGCCAGCCUGGAGACGGCCGUGCGCUACCUGCGGGAGCAGGGGGCCCUGGACGAAGCCGAGGAGCUGACCCCCAUCGGGACGCUGCUGGCCCAGCUGCCCGUGGACGUGGUGGUGGGCAAAAUGCUGGUGCUGGGCGCGCUUUUCGGGCUGGCCGAGCCCACGCUGACGGUGGCGGCGGCGCUGAGCGUGCAGUCGCCCUUCCUGCGCCUCUCCAACGCCAACCCCGACUGCGCCACCGCCCGGCGGCCCCUCGAGAGCCCCCACGGGGACCCCCUGACGCUGCUCAACGCCUUCAACGAGUGGGUGCAGGUGAAGUCGGAGCGCGGCGGCAGCUCGCGCAAGUGGUGCCGGCGGCGGGGCUUGGAGGAGCAUCGGCUCUACGAGGCCGCCAACCUGCGGCGGCAGUUCCAGGAGCUGCUCCGAGACCACCGGCUCCUGGAGGCGGCCCCCAGCCGGCCCAGCGACAGCUACAGCCGGCAGAGCCGGCACCGGGAGCGCCGCGAGCUGCACCGGCUCUGGCGCCACCACACCGAGACGCAGGGACGGAGGCGCAAGGUGCUGCGGCUCCAGGACGGCACCGCCGGCUCCUCUGGUGAGGAAGAGGAAGGAGCAGGCGGCCGCGAGCCCGGUGAGCGCAGCGUCGACAUCCAGGACGUCAAGUUUAAGCUCCGCCAUGACAUGGACGAGCUGCAGGCCGCAUCCGGCUCGGUCCUGUCACCCUCGCAGCUCACCCUGCUCAAGCUGGUGCUGUGCAGGGGGCUCUACCCGCAGCUGGCCGUGCCCGACGCGCUCAACAACAGCCGCAAGGACUCGGAUCAGAUUUUCCACACCAAGAGCAAGCAGGGCGUCGUGCUUCACCCGUCCUGCGUCUUCGCCACCAGCCCGGAGCUGCUGCACGCCAAGGAGGGGAAGGAGCGCGGCGGGACCAAAGAGGACGGGCUGAGCCGCCACCACCAGCUCCUCGCCUUCGUCUCGCUGCUGGAGACCACCAAGCCCUACCUGGUCAACUGCAUCCGUGUGCCGGCGCUGCAGGCUCUCCUGCUCUUCUCCCGCUCGCUCGACACCAACGCGGACUGCACGCGGCUGGUGGCGGACGGCUGGCUGGAGCUCACCCUUCCCGCCGCCGCCGCCGCCCUGCGCUUCCUCGCCGCCGCCCUGCAGCUCCGAGCCUCCUGGGAGAAGCUCCUGGACCAGCAGCUGGACCCCGGGGGCGACGAGCCCAGCUCCAGGGACCUCUCCGCACUCAAACGGGGGCUGUUGGAGUUCCUGGCGAUGGAGGUGGGGGCUGGAGGGGGGCGGUCGCGACGCGCGGGGUGGUUUUAGUGGUU